AUGAGCACAAUUCAAGAUACCUUCGGAGGUGGUAGUAGCAUGGAUGAUCUUUCAUCAUUUGGCUCCUCUUACACAACAGGUUAUGAUUCUUCACGAGGAUCAACGAUUGGAAAUGUUAUAUUGAAGGAUAUUGUUUCAUUUAUAAUUUCGGAUAUGAAUUUAAUUAAUCAUGGAAAUGUUACACAUAAUCAGACGAAGGGAGGAAUUAAUUGGGAGCAAGCGCCUCAGGGAGCAAUGACUGCUAUUGCAGCUAUUGUGAGUUUGAUCUGGCUGUGUUUUAGCUUGAAGGGAAUAUUUAAAAAUCAAAUUAGUUUACAAAGAAAGCUUUUUUCAAUGAUUUUGGGUACUUGUACUAUUAGAACAGCUCAAUCCCUUAUUUUCAAUCAAAUUUGUUUUAGACAUAAUAGAGAUGCCGAGAUUUGUCCUACAAUUUCAAAGGUGUCUCAAAUUUUAGAUAUUUAUGCUAGCUCGUUCAAUUUUGUAAUUUAUCUUAUUUUGGGCCUCUAUUGGGCUGAACAGUACUUUACAUUGAAGAGGAUUCAAGAUGAUAAUUAUAGUUUCUCCAAUUCUCAAUCUGAAGUUUCCACAUCUGUAAAUUCCACCUACUUUUUGAAAGUGAGAAGGGUUAUCAAUAUUGCAUUUUGGAUUCUUUCAAUAUUUUCUUUCUUAUUUGUUACACCAUUUGCUGUCUUGAUUGUUGCUAUGGAUCACAAAGGAUUUGGAUAUUCAACAGUUGCCUAUCAAGUUUCAAGAUUGGUAAUUAGAUUAGUGUUAUCAUGGGGAGUGUGUUUGACACUUGUGGUUUUUGGAGUACUCGUUUUUAAUUUGUAUAGAAGAAGUAAGCUAUCCAACUCUGAACUUUCUUCAAGGAAUAUUCAAAAGGUGGCCAUUAUUACCAUUGUGUGUACUACAGCUUACUUCUUCCUAUCAAUCACUAAUAUUGUAACAACUAUUGAAUGGGAGUGGUACCAAAGUUUUGAACAUGCCUAUGUCUUUUAUAUUGUAUUUGCCCUUAUUGAGCUAUUUGCAAACACAAUUUUACUACUUUUCCUUCCUCCAAAGCCAAUUGUCAUGGCUCUUGCUAACCUUUUUUCAUUUUGUAGAAGAAAUGUUCCAGAAGAGGAGGGAUUUGCUGUACGAAAUAAGUUAUUUUAUGAUAAUAUUGUUACACUCGAUGAUGAUUCCUAUCACAUGGACUUUGAACAUACAGAAGAUGAUUUCAGCGAGCAUGCAGAAGAAACCUCAUCUAUUAUCAAUAAUAAUUUUGCAAAUAGAAAGGCAAAAAAUUAA